CUAACUCAGUUCUUUUCAUUUCUCAGCUGUGGGAGAAUGCCUUCACAGAACUGCACAUUUGCCUGCUUUACAUCCUUAGAUCACCUGGAAUAGCCAAAUGCUUUGCAUCAUUGCUUAAUGUAUAUAUAUGUGUUUGUUUUUGUGGUGCUGCAUCAGAGCUGGGCAGAACUGCACAAAAGACUGUUGCACUGAAAUCAAAAGUGAAUCUAGGAAAUCCAGUCCAACAAGAUUCAUGCAGGAAUGGUAAGGGAAUUCAUAUAGAGUGGUUUACUGGGAUUAUAUAGCGUGGAGUGGAGCGUCAUGGAGCUCCGGACGGCAUCAGCGGACGCGCAGCCGCGGCAGACCGGCGACAGGACGCACGAGUGCCGCAUGGAAGAGUACCUGCGCUCGCUGGGUUUGUACCGCAAGAAGAUCGCCAAGGACGGGUCGUGUCUCUUCAGGGCCGUGGCAGAACAGGUGCUGCACUGUCAGGGUUUACACACACAAGUUCGGGCGGCGUGUGUGAAGUAUCUGAGACAGAACAGAUCUACUUAUGAGCUGUUUAUCGAAGGGGAUUUUGAGAAAUACCUGUUGAAUUUGCAGGACCCUCAGAGCUGGGUUGGACAAGUGGAGAUCACUGCUUUGGCUGAACUUUAUAAGCAUGAUUUCAUUAUUUUCCAGGAGCCUGAUCAACCCCCUGUCCACAUCACAGAGAAUGGCUUCCCUGAUAAGGUGCAACUGUGUUUCCUCAAUGGAAACCAUUAUGAUAGUGUUUACCCUCAAUCGUUUGAGAAGAGUGCUGCUGUUUGUCAAUCUAUCCUAUAUGAGCUGCUGUAUGAUCGUGUGUGUGGCGUGGAGCGUGGCGCUUUAACGUCGUGCGUGAGAGGAAGAGGAAGAGGAAGAGAUCGACUGGACACGGAGGAAUGCAAGAGCAGUGAAGAGUCCGACCUGGAGGUGGAAGAGUUCUGGUCCAAUGAAGCCAGGGAAAAAACCACCAUUGGGAUGAACACUAGACAGCCACAAAGGGGUCGUGGGAGGGGCCAUUCUCGAGGAGGGGGGCGUGGCUUUCUCUCCACUAAGGUGCAGAAGUCCCUAAGCCCCGCCCUCUACAGGAACGUGGAGUACGACGUGUGGCUUCGUUCUAAACGAAUUCAGCAGAAGCGAGAUUUCUGCAUGGCUGCCGGGAUGCAGUAUUCGGUCGGAGACAAGUGCAAGGUGCAGUUGAGCAGAAGUAGUCACUUCUAUAGCGCAUACGUUCAGGAAGUCAGUCCUGACAACGGGCCAGUUACCAUUUUCAUUGAAGAACUGGGCAAGCAACAAACUGUGCCAUUGUUGAGUUUGCGUCUUCCAUCUGAAGAGCCUCAGACUUGGCAGACGGUGUCAGAGAAGAGCAAGAGACAUGCUGCAGCAAACAACGAACACACAGCCUCUGACUGGGACAGCAGAAGGGGAGGGAAGUCCAGCAAAUCAGUGCCGCAUUCUGCACCUGGCAGCCGUGUACACAAACAGCACUCCUGGCCUCCACAAACCACCGCAGAUGACCAGUCAAGUGCACGGAGCACGAAGUUUAGGAGAUCUGAUGAGCACAGCAGUCCGGUGUGUUUAGGUCCAGAAGAGGAACAGGAGAGCACUCUUCUAGAACUUCUGCACAAGGAUGAACACAACUUCCCAGCGCUCGGAACAAGCCCCCAAACGGCCACAGCUGAGGUUACAAAGAAGAGAGUAGAGAAGCAAAACUCCCGGAAGAAGGAUAAGAAGGAACAUCUCUCGGAAACUGCCCUCAAAGCAGCGCCCCAGAAGACGGUUCAGAGACAGAAAAGUAAUGUUGAAGAAAAACAUGGGAUCAGGGUCCCUGAGGGACCAGAGCAAAGAUCUUCUCCCCCAACCCAGGAGAAAUCUAUUCCGGCCUCUCCUUCUUUACCUUCUGCUGGUGUCUCUUCUGCCACCAAAACUGCCCUAGCUCCAUCUCAGGCUGCCUCUAGUGUAGCUCAGUCUGCUCCUGAGGCAAUUAAAAUGACCCCAGUUGAAACUCAGAAUGGAGCUGCUCAGAGAUCUGACUCCAGUCAGUUUGCACCAGUGAAAAUUCGAACCCCUUCACACUUCGUCCCUGUUGCAAAGGCAGGCUCAGUUACCACCCCUGUCCCUGCAUCCAAAACUUCCCAACCCCCAGCAGUAACUGCCUCAGUACCUACUGCAGCCAUACCCAUACCCACACCUGGACCUCCCCCUGGUUCUUCCCAACUCACUCAGGCUCCAUUUCAAAGUACCACAGAGACUUCUUCAGCCCCCACUCAAGUUACCCCAUUUCUACCCCCUACCUCUGUGCAAGUACCAGCUCCUGUCUCCGCUCAAACUACUUUGGCCCCCUCUGUCUCAGCCCCAAAUGCCCCUGUUGAAACCAUGCCUCCCAUUCAACCUGCCCCACCCUCUAUCUCUGCCUCUGCCAUACCUGUCUCUUCCACCCCUCCUGCCCCAGCCCCUAUAUUAGAUGCACCAGACCUGUCUUCUGCUACUCUUCCUGCUAAUGGAUUCAGUGCUCAAUCCUGUGUCCAACCAACUGUAGACCUUCACACAGCUCUCAUGUCAACACCUCUUGAUCCUUCCACUUCUAUCUCCCAAUCCUCUGGCCCGACCCAUGCUCCACCUCCAGCUACACCUCAAUCCUCCAGUGAAUCGCUGGCUAUACCUCCUUCAGGUGUAGCACCUGUUCCUGACCACCUGUCCCAGCCCACUCAACUCCCCUACUCUCAUCUCCAAUGGUUGCAGCUGCUUCAGGACCCACUUUAUCCAGGAUUCCCACGGAACGAGAAGGGUGAGGUGGAAACAUUGCCGCCCUUUUCCCUUUCCCAAAAAGGAGAUGACCUUCCACAAGAUAUCAAUGUCCUCAGGUUCUUCUUUAACCUCGGGGUCAAGGCAUACUCUCAGCCAAUGUGGCCUCCCAUUGCGUAUCUUGGUCCACUGUAUCAAGCCCGUCAGGUGCACCUUAGAGGGCUUCCUCCUUCCUCUAAUCCCCCUACUAACCACAGCAUGACUCCAUGGCAACCGGAAAACCCAUCUCCUCUGCAGAACUCGAGUUCCACCCCUGACAGCUCACUGGGCAACCAAAGUUACACCCCCGUAACAGUUGGCAGUGGUCCUGUUGGUCCCAUAGAGGUUCGAGGGUACAGUUAUCCACCUUCCAUUCCAGGACCAUUGCAGGUGCCACCAAGACCAGCAAUGCCCUGGUCUGCUUCACCUCAUCUAAAUAGCUAUCAUGGCCCAUAUCCUGUGCCCCCAGCUGGCCCUCCAGAGCAGUUUUCAGCCCCACCCUAUCCACCUUCUGGGAAUUAUAUGUAUCCACCCUCAUCUGUUGGUUUCCACCGUAUGCCACCUCCAACCGUACCUCAUGAAGCAUUAAAUCAUGACCCUCCUGCUGGGAUGGGUGUCCUACAGUUUGUUCCGCCAUCAUUGGAGAGGAGUCAAGAGAAUGGCAAAAGGUCUAUGACCCCCCAGUUUGUGUCUUUGCAGAAUAAUCCUUGCUUUCCUGGAGGCCAACCCAAUUUGGGUGCUGGAGAUUUCAAGCCUGUGGAUAUUACAAUGAUGACGAUGGAUCCUCCACCCUUGGGUAGACCUUGUCCUGUUUUACCUUUUCCAAUGGGCCCGAUGCAAGGAGACAUCACAGCAGGAGUGACCCCUUUACCCAAUGGAAACUUGAGAAGACAAGGAGAAGUCUUCCAAAAGAGCCUCCUCGGCAGACCUAUUGUGGAUGAGCCUGGUCACCUAACCCAUGCAUAUUAUCCCGAUGAAAAACUGUCAUUUGAAGACAUGGAGUUUGCCAAUGUGGACCUCAAGGUUGGACAGCUCUUCUACAGCCAGUCCUAUAGGAGUAGAGGAAGGAGUGGUCAAGAUGAUAGAGGAGGAUAUAGAGGGAGGGUCCGCCGUGUACAGAAAGUUUAUGCUGGCCGGGGCAGACAAGACGACCAAUCAUCUUACAGUGGAGGAUAUUAUGGGAGGCGAGGGGCGGGGCCACAGUCAACAUUUCAGUAACGAUGACACAGAAUAUACCCCUAUUUCUCAGUUUACAAUAGCUGAUAUCAUGGCCCAUAUCCUGUGCCCCCAGCUGGCCCUCCAGAGCAGUUUUCAACCCACCCUAUCCACCUUCUGGGCAUCAUAUGUAUCCACCCUCAUCUGUUGGUUUCCACCAUAUGCCACCUCCAACCGUACCUCAUGAAGCAUUAAAUCAUGACCCUCCUGCUGGGAUGGGUGUCCUACAGUUUGUUCCGCCAUCAUUGGAGAGGAGUCAAGAGAAUGGCAAAAGGUCUAUGACCCCCCCCAUCUUCUGGGAAUCAUAUGUAUCCACCCUCAAACUGAGAAAUAUACCCCUAUUUCUCAGUUUACAAUAGCUGAUAUCUAUAAUCUGGCAUUUCUGCUGGGCUUUUGGUAUAUUUGAUAAGUUCAAUUGCCCAUGUUUUUAACUGUCUUACAUUUUUUUUCCAACAUAUUGGUAUAAAGGUAUAAAACUGGUAAAAAAAUACUGAACUAUAAAAUCUACUUAGCCUGAAAACCAUAAAAAAACAUUUCUAAAGCCCAUGUCAAGGAAUGCUGGUAAAAUUUGUUGAAGUCUUGGACAACUCCUGGAUUGUACACAGUUGUACCGCAAAGGCUGAUAAUAGUUUUGGCAUCUCACCUGACAUAGAAAUGUGCCUCAUGUGACAAAAAAAAUAAAAGCCAAAGAAUGUCUUCUCAAGUGUCUUUCCAUUUUAAGUCCAAUUUUCCAAAACAAUCUCACUGCACUGAUGCGAUCUUUGACACACCUGAAGUGUGUGUGAGUUGUUUUAAUGUCGAACAGCUUCAGUUGAAUCUUCACAAGACUCCUGAAUC